GCCAGCCCAGCUGGAAUCUCCACCACCAGAACUCAUUCAAGGCAAUGCAAAACCUAUAGGAACAAAUCAAAGAAAAGGAGUAAGAAUUACUCCUCCUCAGCCACAAUAGCAAAUGGCAAUUCUUUCAACCUCUCUACCAUCAUUCACUAGUCCAUCCUCCUCCUUUUCAUCACCAACCAAACCAACUCUUUGCCCUAAUCCCAGUACUUCAUUUUUCAACAAAAAAGUUACUACUAAUUGUCAGCAUGAAAAUAUGCUGUUUUCACAUCACAAAACUGCAUCUUAUCGGUAUUCAUCUUGGGGAAGAUUUACCACUGAAGAAGAAGAAGAAGAUGUUGAUUGUUGUAGCUUUCAAGAAGCAGUUGAGCUCUUCAACAAGAAGGAAUAUUAUAGAUGCCAUGAUGUUCUUGAAUCCCUUUGGAACAAGUCCCAAGAGCCCACCAGAACUCUUGUGCAUGGCAUUUUGCAAUGUGCUGUAGGUUUCCAUCAUCUUUUUAAUCAGAACCACAGGGGAGCUAUGAUGGAGUUGGGAGAGGGACUGUGUAAGCUGAGAAAAAUGAACUUCGAGGAUGGACCGUUUCAUAUGUUUGAGAAAGACAUAUCUGGAGUAUUGGAUUUUAUCUACCAAACUCAGUUAGAGCUCGCUGCCUGUACUGAGGAUUUAUGCAUUACAAUGGAUCAAUCGGAAAGAUCAUACCAGCUUCUUGGUGGUUAUGCUGCUGGUCAGCCCCUCUAUCGUGUGCAAAGCACUAACCAAUUAGACAACUCCAACUACAUUGUUUUCUGCCCAGAGCGGAAUCGUGGUUUUAAUGGUCAAAUUCGAAUAAGACUUCCAAUUCUGCAGGCAUCAGAAGAUGAUCUUAUGAACUUAGACACCAAUUAUUAGCCAAAUUAGUUAUAUGUUUAUCUCCUAGUUUCACAAAGUGAUAUGAGGUUUACAUCAUUUACUUUCAUAUGGCAAG